CGAAAAAAUAUUUUUGUCGAAACGAAAUAAUUUUUAAACGAAAACGAAACGCGAACGACGACGUGAAACGGCAGCCAAGCGCGCGGAUGUAUAAUUUCGAAACUUUCUGGUGCUUUAUUGCAUUUCACGACGAAAUAUAAAUUUUAGUUUUAUAUUAAUGCAGCAUACGAGGGCGCAGUACAAAAUACUUGUAUCAACCUAACAUAUUUAUAUAGUAAAGAAAUCUAAAUUUAUGAAGUGGUUUAAGUACUAACGAAAUUCACAACACUUGGAGAGAAAUAUUGAAGAAAAAGGAAUAUCCGAUUUGCUAUGGGGCGGUUUACAUUUUUGGUCCUUUUCGGACUAAUCCUGUCGGCCGUCUCAUUUAAUGGUGCGCUAGUCAAUGCCGACGACUCAAAUGUGGCACCGAGCGAGGACCAAUGCCGUCCCUACAUUGAACGGGCGAUAAACGAACUGAAAACAGGUGAACCCAGCGAAGUUAUAGAGGCAGGUGAUAUCCUCAAUGCCGACCCUAUAUCAACGAAUAAAGAACACGACGACAAUGGCACAGAUUCUGGUGAAAUGCAAUCCGAUCAACCGGCUGGCGAUGAGAAGGAAACUGUUGAGAUAACCGAUGACGAAUCUGUGGAAGAAAGAGAUAAAGCCAUCGACAUCGAUGGCGAUGGCAUACGGAAUGAAGAUGACACGGAUAUUGACGGUGACAACAAACCAAAUGAACAAGACGACGAUAUGGACGGUGAUGGUCUACUCAAUGAGGACGACCCGGACAUCGAUGGUGAUGUGAUACCAAAUGAUCGCGAUGCAGACAUGGAUGGUGAUGGUGUGUUGAACGUUGACGAUCGCGACAUCGAUGGUGAUGGAGUACCAAAUGUGGUUGAUCAUGAUCUUGACGGUGAUGGUGUGCCGAAUGUUGUCGAUAAGGACAUUGAUGGUGAUGGCGUAAGCAAUGCCAAUGAUAAUGAUCUAGAUGGUGAUGGCAUACCCAAUGAAGAAGAUGAUGAUAUUGACGGUGAUGGCAUACCAAAUGAUCAGGACGAUGAUAUCGAUGGUGACGGCAUACCCAACGAUCAAGAUGAUGACAUCGAUGGUGAUGGUAUACCAAAUAGCCAAGAUGAGGACAUCGAUGGCGAUGGCAUACCAAAUGAUCAAGACAGUGAUAUUGAUGGUGAUGGUAUACCAAAUGAUGAAGAUGAAGAUGUCGAUGGUGAUGGCAUACCAAAUGAUAAGGAUGAUGACCUGGAUGGUGAUGGCAUACCAAAUGAUGAAGACGAUGAUAUCGAUGGUGAUGGCAUACCAAAUGAUGAGGAUAAUGAUCUGGAUGGUGAUGGCAUACCAAACAAAGAUGACGAUGACAUUGACGGCGAUGGAGUAUCGAAUGAAGAGGACACGGACAUCGACGGCGAUGGCGUACCAAAUGAGAGUGAUGAAGACAUUGACGGUGAUGGCGUUAAAAAUGAACAGGACGAUGACAUCGAUGGCGAUGGCGUAGCCAAUGAGCAAGACAACGACAUUGAUGGGGACGGCGAGCCUAACGAAGCGGAUAGAGACAUUGACGGUGAUGGCGUGCUUAAUCAUGACGAUGUCGAUAUAGAUGGCGAUGGUAUACCAAAUGAACGUGACCACGAUGUGGAUGGCGAUGGUAUGCCCAACGAUGAGGAACCGAAGAGUUUGGAUAUUGAUGGCGAUGGCAUACCCAAUGAUGAUGACACCGACAUUGAUGGUGAUCUCAAGCUCAACGAGGUGGAUGACGAUAUGGACGGUGAUGGUAUACCCAAUUUGCACGAUCGUGAUGUAGAUGGUGACGGUGUGCCGAAUAUGCAUGAUGAGGACAGCAUCGAAGCCGAAGAGGCGGCGAAACGACAGAAGCGUGAUGUUGGCGCCGAACCGGCCUCCGUUGAAGCUGGCGAGGAGCAAGAUGAGCCCAGCCAAGAAAAGCCUGGUGAUAUUGACGGUGAUGGCAUACCAGAUCAUGAGGACGAAGACAAAGAUGGUGAUGGCGUGCCCGAUCAUAAGGACGACGACAUCGAUGGCGACGGCAUACCGAACGAGCGUGACACUGACCGUGAUGGCGAUGGUAUUCCGAAUGAGCAGGACGACAAAGAUGGCGAAGAGGAUGACAGCAAAGAAGAUGACACUAAACCAGAAGAUGAGUUGUUGUGGGAGGGUGAAAUACCUGCGCAGCUACGUAGUCGCUCCCACAUUACCGAGCUUUUACAAUUGAACGAUGAAUUCAAUGCACGUGAGAAGGCCGUGGAUAAUGUGGCCGAAAUCAUUUUGCGCGACAUCAAACGUAUCUACGAGAGCGCCAUUAAACCAUUGGAAACUCUCUACAAAUAUCGAGACUUGAGUAACCGUCACUUUGGUGAUCCGGAAAUUUUCUCCAAGCCAUUGGUGCUGUUUAUGGGUCCAUGGUCGGGUGGAAAAUCAACCAUUAUCAACUACCUCACAGGCAAUGAGUACACACCGCAUUCGCUGAGAUCAGGCGCCGAACCUUCGCCGGCCUACUUCAACAUUCUAACAUGGGGUAACGAGACCGAGGUGCUCGACGGCACACAACUUGCCGCCGACUACACCUUCUCUGGCUUGCAAAAAUUCGGUGAGGGCUUGGAAGAACGUCUGCGUGGAUUGAAAAUGCCCAACAAAUUGUUGGAAAAGGUCAACAUCGUAGAAAUCCCCGGUAUUUUGGAGGUGCGCAAACAAGUCUCUCGUCUUUUCCCCUUCAACGACGCCUGUCAGUGGUUUAUCGAUCGUGCCGAUAUCAUAUUCCUCGUCUACGAUCCAGCCAAACUUGAUGUUGGCCCCGAGACUGAGGCUAUAUUGGAUCAACUGAAGGGACGUGAAUAUCAAACACGCAUUGUGCUGAACAAAGCUGAUACCGUGAAACCGGAGGAACUCUUGCGCGUACAAAGCGCACUCAUAUGGAAUAUCUCGCCACUAAUGUCCUCCGCACAACCGCCAUUAGUGUACACCAGCUCAUUGUGGUCACACCCGUAUCAAGAGGGUGCUCCGGCACGUCUGCUGUUGGCGCAAGAGCGCGCAUUCUUACGUGAUUUGCGCACCGCUGUGGACAAGAGGAUCGAACAUAAAAUUGCCAGUGCGCGUCGUUUCGCUGUGCGCGUUCGCAAUCAUGCCAAAAUGGUGGAUUGCUAUCUAAAUACAUACUAUAAUCACAAGACCCUCUUCGGCAAUAAGAAACGCAUCGCCGACGAGAUUAUCAAUCACCCACAGAACUACCACAUUUACGAGGGCCUUUCAACACUGACGAACAUUUCGCGCUACGAUUUACCAGAUCCGGAAGUGUAUCGUGACUUCUUCCGUCUCAAUCCUCUGUAUGAGUUCAAGAAACUCUCUGAGACCUGCACAUACUUCCGCGGUUGCCCCAUUACCAAAUUGGAUGUGGCGAUUGCCUACGAUCUGCCCGAGUUAGCUGGUAAAUACAAGAAGAUGGCCGAAGCGGCGCUGACCAACAUUGAGAGCAAGGAAGCUACGGCUGCUGGUGGACAAGGAAAGGGCCAUGGCAAGAGCACCAAAAGUUGAGUUAAUCAAACCUUUUAGACUGCACUGAAAGUUGUCCACAAAUAAUGCACUUAAAUUAGAAGAAGGAACAACCUAAAAGCACCGGACAAAAGCAGAAAGAAACAACCACCUACAAACAUACAUACAGACAUGUGCUUGUGCAAACGAAAUAUGUAGAUGAGUUUUCGAAAAGAAAACAACAAUGAAAACAAAAACAAACAAACAAUUGAAAGAAGAGAUAAACAAUAAUUGAUUACUAAUAAAUUGCCGAAAUUUUACAAAAUUUUCCGACUAAGAGAGAGAGACAUUACAUUAGAAAUAAUUUACAAAGUGAGAGAGAGUGAGCGAGCUAACAGCGAAGCAAUCAAAUUUGCUGAAACCGUGUCACCUAACGGUGUACGUCAAAAUACUCAAAUAAUAAAACUAUCAAUCGAGAUUCCUUAAAUACAAAGAUCUGGAACACAGUGAAGACCGAAAAGAUAUUUAGGGAAAUUAGAGAGAGAGAGAGACAAAUAUAUACUAAUUACUGUAACGAGUGGGAGGGACAGAGAACAACUAUGUAUAGAAAGCCCAAUUGCGCCCCAGCAUUGGGUUCAAAAUCAGGAUUAUAGAGGGAGAUGACUAAAAUAAAUAAAACAUAAAUUAAUUACACCACUAAUACUAAACAUUAAAUUUGCGAACCACCAAACUUUUCCCAAAUUCUAAACAAGGAAAAUUCAGAAUUCAAAACGAAACUUUAAUUUUUCACAAGCAAAACCAACAAAGACCUUGCACAACCAUUGAAGGCAUUUAUUUAUUUUUUAAAUUAAUUAUAAAUUUGUUCUGUAACUGUUAAUUGUGCACAGCCCAACGAUUUGUACGUAUAUAUGUAUCUCCGACAAUAUGUAACCUUGUACUAAAUAUGUUAUCCGUUUUCUUCACUACCAGUUGAGGGAGCCUUACUAUAAGUUUGCGUGUUAUUAAAAAAAAAAGUAAUAAAAAUAAUAAACUUAAAGAAAAAAAUAUAUUUAAUAAAAAUAAUUUUAACUACAAUCACUGCACUGCACCAAAAGCAUAGUGAAUUUAGACCCCGUCAUAGUUAAUAAGUUUUCUUUUUUAUUUGAAUGAGAAAAAUGUAAAAAAUUUAAUAAAAAAAAUGCAACAAAAAGAGUGAAAAACAAACAGUGAAGACGUUACAUAAUUUUUAUAUAACAAACAUAAAUUUCUAAUAUCAAUAUGUAAGCAAUAUGACAAUAAACUAAGAUAGUGAGCUUACAUGCACAUCUACAUUCAAAUGUAAUGUUGGACAAAUUGAUACUCUGAAUUGUAACACCAAAUAAAAACAACUUAGAAAACA